AUGUUAGAUUUGUCACAUGUUCAAAUUUUGGUAAAAAUAUCGGUACUCGUUGUCCAGUUAAACAAAUUGAAUAUAUUGAUGAAAACGGCGCAAGUUAUUGAUUGUUAUUUUCAACGUCAAGAAAAGAAAGAUGAAUCGAAAGGUUUAGUUGAAUUAUGUAAAGAUCUAGAUAUUCAAUUACCAGAUAAAGCUAAGUUAAAGGAAAUGCAUGAAAUACUUUCAACACAUCGAGCGUUUCAAAAUGUUAUAAAACUUGAAAUGCUGGCGGUUAAAUAUAGUCUUGAAUUGCUCGCACCUUAUUUACCUAACCCGUCACCAUCAUCCUCGUGA